UGCCGGGUUGCCAGCCGAGUCGCGCGCGGAGAGCUACGGAGGGCAGAGAAGUCAUGGCUUCUCCGUCCAAAGGCAAUGACCUGUUUUCGUCCGAUGAGGAGGGCCCGGCGAUGGUGGCCGGCCCGGGCCCGGGGCCCGGGGGCGCCGAGGGGCCGGCGGAGGAGCGGCGCGUCAAGGUCUCCAGCCUGCCCUUCAGCGUGGAGGCGCUCAUGUCGGACAAGAGGCCGCCCAAGGAGACGUCCCCACGGCCCGCCGAGAGCGCCUCCGCCGGGGCCGCCCUGCGGCCGCUGCUGCUGCCCGGACACGGCGCCCGGGAAGCGCACAGCCCCGGGCCGCUGGGCAAGCCCGUGGAGACCGCUUCGGUCAAGUCGGAAAAUUCAGAAGACGGAGCGGCGUGGAUGCAGGAGCCCGGCAGAUACUCGCCGCCGCCGAGACACAUGAGCCCCACCACCUGCACCCUGCGGAAGCACAAGACCAAUCGGAAGCCACGCACACCCUUCACCACGUCCCAGCUCCUGGCGCUGGAGCGCAAGUUCCGCCAGAAACAGUACCUCUCCAUCGCAGAGCGCGCCGAGUUCUCCAGCUCCCUGAACCUUACAGAGACCCAGGUCAAAAUCUGGUUCCAGAACCGAAGGGCCAAGGCGAAAAGGCUGCAGGAGGCAGAGCUGGAGAAAUUGAAAAUGGCUGCAAAACCUAUGCUGCCCUCUGGCUUCAGCCUCCCUUUCCCCAUCAACUCACCCCUGCAAGCAGCAUCCAUAUACGGAGCGUCCUACCCUUUCCAUAGACCUGUGCUCCCCAUCCCGCCCGUCGGACUCUAUGCGACGCCAGUGGGAUAUGGCAUGUACCAUCUAUCCUAAGGACGACUGCUCAGUAGACUGAUGGAUGUUUGUUGAAAUGCGUUCCCCUCUCACUCCCCAGGAAGGCAGCACCGAGCCGGCACCCCUGCUCUGCAAACCUUGCUUGCACCACCCUAAGCAGCUAGGCCCAGACGGGCGGCAGAUAUAGUUUGAAUUUGCUCUUUUGACUGCAGACACCAAGCCCUGUUUCCUUGGUGUCAUCUUCAAGGAGAUGCCCCCCCCCCCUCCUUCCACAAAGAUUGGCUCUGGCGGUUUUUAUCUAUAAAUAUAUAUAUAAUAAAAUAUAAUACAUUUUUAUACAGCA